GGUUAUAUAAACAAGAAAGUUCCAUAAUUUGAUCGAUACCUAAUCGAAACAGCAAAAGAGAUUCGAAGAUGGAGGAGGGAAAAACAGAGGAACUGUCUCAGAACCUCACCCAGCAACGCGGAGGUGAAGAAGAAGAGGAAAAGGCAGGUGGGUUUCUGAGGAAUUUCAUUUCGAACAUGGUGUCUACUGAAGGAAGUGAAGAGAAGAAAGGAGAAGUGGAAAAGGAAAGUGGGGUUGUGAGUGAAGAAAAAACAGAGCAAGGAAAAGCCAAUGGGUUUCUGAAGAAUUUCAUGUCGAACAGAGUAUGUGAAGAAGAAGAGGAAGAGGAAGAGGAAGAGGAAGAAGAAGAAGAGAAGAAAAGUGGGUUUCUGAAGAAUUUGAUUUCAAACAUGGUGAAUGCAGAGGAAGGGAAAGAAGUAAGCAAUGUUGUGGAUUGUGAGAAAACAGGGGAAGGGGAAACUGACAAAAGCGGCAGCGGCGGCGGUGGCGGUGGCAUUAUAGAUAACAUUGUGUCCCACUUGCCUGCUUCACUUCAAGGGGAUGCAGUGACCACAACAGAUGAAGCUGCGAUUCUGAUACACUCCAUUAUCCAUGAAUGAACUGUUCCAAUGCGUUCAUUGUUCAUUGUUCAUAGUUCAUAUGAGUGUUUGUUAAAUUUAAGUUUGCGUUCCAUUUGUAUUGGGUGAGUAAUGGAAAUCAUGUAUUAAAAAGUUUCUUCAAAAUAA